CCCGCGAGCAGGUUGUUGUUUUUAUGAGGCGUCACUGGCGUCUGGAACCCGGACGCCGCCACGGUGACAACCGGUGCGGUCAGGCGGAGGAGGCGCUGCCUUCAGAGUUUCUCUGGAGCCCUGACUGAGCUAGAACUCGCUCUGUAUGCCGGGCUGGACUUGAAAUCGGAGUUCCGCUUGCCUCUAACACCUGAAUUCCGGGAUUAAAGACUUGAAAAAUGUCUGAAAAUUCCAGCGACAGUGACUCAUCUUGUGGUUGGACAGUCAUCAAUCAUGAGGGUUCUGAUGUGGAGAUCGUGAAUUCUGCCAGUGACAGCUGUGAACUGAGUCUUGGCAGUUCCUCAUUAGAGCAAGAGGAACUGCAGGUUCUUGAUGUGGGGCCUGGAGGUGAAGCAAACAGCAUGUCAUCCAUGGGAGAUAGCAUGUUGUCAUCAGUGGGAGAAACCAAGUCAACAAUUGAGGUGGAGGAAGCAGCUUCCCCUGAGGACAAUGUGUAUUUCGCAACUACCAGUGAUGAUUCUGAUAUUGUUACACUUGAACCACCUAAACUGGAAGAAAUGGGGAACCAGGAAGAUAUAAUUCUAAAAGAAGCGCCCACCUCAGAAGACUUUAACAUGGGUUCUUCCUCCAGUAGCCAGUACGCCUUCUGCCAGCCAGAACCCGAAAGGUGGUGGGAGAAGCUGUGGAAGAUUCCUGAGUGCCUAAGGGGAUGGGAUGAUCAGCUGAAACUCCGAGUUCCUAGCCAGCUCGCUCUCCAAGUCUUUUCAUCUCAGCCUAGUGAUGAGGAAUCGAGUAGUGAUGAUACCAGUCACAAGCCCAGCCCUGCCCUGAGACGCCGCCGCAACAGGAAAAAGACCGUUUCUAUCUCAGAGUCUGAAGAGCCGCCACUUGCUGAACCAGGAGAUGAAGCCUCCAAGGAGCCGAAUAAACGCCACUUUAGUGGUGGUCUCAACAAGUGUGUAAUUCUGGCCUUGGUGAUUGCUGUCAGCAUGGGAUUUGGACAUUUCUAUGGCACAAUUCAGAUUCAGAAGCGCCAGCAGUCAGUCAGGAAGAUCCACACAGACGAGCUGAUUAACGGGAAAGGUUACCUCUCACAAUGCCAGCAGGAACCAGACUCUUUCCUAGAUUUCAAGUUAUUGAAAGAAAGCCUUGAGAGGUGUUGGACCGGUACUUUGGGAGCGGUUACCUUUGAAACCCAGAAAAAGAAUCUUGCUGCAGAAAACCAGUAUUUACGAAUAUCUCUGGAGAAGAAGGAGAAAGCCCUGUCUUCACUGCAGGAAGAGUUACGGCAACUCAGACAGCAGAUUAGAUUGUUGGAGGAUAAAGGCACAAGUACCCAGUUAGUUAAGGAGAACCAGGUUCUUAAGGAGUGCUUAGAAGUGGAGAAACAGAAGACAAAGAGUUUCGUUAAUGAAAGGGAGACUCUGUUAGAGGAAGCAAAGAUGUUGAAGAGGGACCUGGAGAGAGAACAGCUUACAGCUAUGGCUCUGCGGGCAGAACUUGAGCAGCUAGUCCCUUGCCAGGCACAGGAGCGCGCAGAUUGUCCUAGUGUGCGGACUGCAGAGAAGGAAGUCGUGUUGUUACAGCAGAGACUCGCGGCAUUGGAGCAGAAGCUGACCUUUGAGCAGCAGCGCUCUGACUUGUGGGAAAGACUGUAUGUUGAGGCGAAAGAUCAGAAUGGGAAGUCAGAGACCGAAGGGAGGAAGAGAGGAAGCAAAGGAAACCAAAGGGCUAAGAGCAAGUCGAAGGAUACAUUCCUGGGGACAGUUAAAGAGACGUUUGAUGCUAUGAAAAAUUCUACCAAGGAGUUCGUGAGGCACCAUAAAGAGAAAAUCAAACAGGCCAAAGAAGCUGUGAAGGAAAAUCUGAAGAAGUUCUCAGAUUCAGUCAAGUCCACUUUUCGACAUUUCAAAGAUACCACCAAGAACAUCUUUGAUGAGAAGGGCAGUAAGAGAUCUGGGGCUUCAAAAGAAGCAGGAACCGAAAAGCCAAGAACAGCUUAUGGUUAUUCUUCGUACUCACUGCACGAGGUACUGAACCAGAACCAGAAUGGCAGAGGCCCUUCUGCACAGAGGGAUGGAGGGAGAGAAAAGCCCAGUCACUCAGAAGAAAUUAGAAAAAAUGCAAAUUCAUACACGUUCAAGGACAAGUUUGAUUGCAAGGACACCCAUUCCACCAGAAGGGGUUGUUCGGGUAUGCUUGAAUGUGCCGGGCAAGAAUCUGCUAGCCCUAUUAAUGCAGCGAGUCCUGUCAGGAUGAAUGACUUCAGAGAGCUGAUUCAGUGGUACUUACUGAAUGAGCUGGGCACUUUUCACCACUGGAAAGAACUGGAUCAGUUCAUCAGUCCGUAUUUCCCGGAUGGUGUCUUUAGACAAGACCAGAAGCUCUUCGCCCACUUUGUUGGUGCCGUGAAAUGCUACCUUAAGGGAAUAAAGGAGUAUCACGUAGAGGAUGACCGUUUGCAGAAGUUAGACGAAUACAUAUAUAGACACUUUGGGCACAAUUUCGCCCUUCCAUUCGGACCCAGUCGACCUGAUAAAAAGCAACGUAUGGUAAAUAUUGAAAACUCCAGGCACCGAAAACAAGAGCAGAAGCACCUUCAUCCACAGCCUUAUAAAAGGGAAGGUAAAUGGCAUAAAUACAGUCGCACUAAUGGAAGACACACAGCAAACCUUGAGAUAGAACUGGGGCGGUUACCUUUUGAUCAUAAAUACUGAUUCAUGGUUAAAUUA